UUAAAUGUGUGCCAGUGUCUCUGUAUGGAGAUUGGGAAUGUGUGAGUAACAGGGAGAUUGAGUAUGAGUGAAUGUACGUAUAUGACAGUGGAGGUCAGAAGAAAUUGGGAUCCCAAGUGUCGACGUUCUUUCUAGCAUCUACGGAUUGACGUUAAUGAAAUGUCACUGUGUUCCGCCAGUUAAGCCAAAUAAGAUUUAGCUUGGUAGCUAAUAAUAUAACUUUGUACGAGUUGAACACAGAGCAAGAAUACCUAGAGAGAUAACAAAGGAAAAAAAUAACGGGUUGGAAACUGUAAUAUGAAAAAAGACGAGGCUGAGGUAUUAGGUUUUGUCCCUCAAAAAGACAUCGUCUACAAUAAACUACUUCCAUACGCGGACAAAUUAGACGAGGAAUCCAAUGACAUUUUGGGCCAAAUCAAAGGUAAUUUGGGCCGGGCAGUCCAGCUCAGGGAGCUAUGGCCUGGAGUCCUGUUUUGGACAAGGAAACUUUCUACGUACAUGCGGCUGUACGGAAGAAAGUUCAGUAAGGAAGACCAUGUUCUCUUCAUCAAGCUGCUGUACGAGCUGGUCACCAUCCCCAAGCUGGAGAUCAGCAUGAUGCAGGGGUUCGCCCGACUCCUCAUCAAUCUCCUCAAGAAGAAGGAGUUGCUGUCCAGAGAAGACCUGGAGCUGCCUUGGAGGCCUCUGUACGAGCUGCAGGAGAGGAUCCUCUACUCCAAGACUGAGCACCUGGGCCUCAACUGGUUCCCUAAUUCUCUACGGGCAUGCCAUUCACCUAAACAUUUAAUGAUUAAAACGUUGAGGAGGUGCUCGGUUGAGAACGUGCUGAAGACGCUGGUGAAAAGCUGCAGGCCGUAUUUCCCAGAAUCCUGCACACAGGAGAUGCUGGAUGAAUGGCGGCCGCUUCUCUGCCCGUUUGAUGUCACCAUGCAGAGAGCCAUCAGCUACUUUGAGCUCUUUCUGCCCACCACCCUACCACCGGAGCUGCACCACAAGGGCUUUAAGCUGUGGUUCACCGAGCUUAUAGAAUUGUGGGCGUCAGUCCAAAACCUGCCUGGGUGGGAAGUGAAUCUUGUGAACCUGUUUGCUCGCCUAGCCAAUGACAACAUUGGCUACAUCGACUGGGACCCCUAUAUUCCCAAGAUAUUUACCAGAAUGCUGCGGAGUUUGAAUCUCCCAGUUGGAACCAGCCAAAUGCUGGUCCCCAGGUACCUGACAAACACAUACGACAUCGGGCACAUGGUCAUCUGGGUGUCGUCCAUGCUGGGGGGACCCAGCAAACAAACACAGAAACAGCUGACUGGACUUUUCAACAGCAUCGCCUCUUUCUUCCACCCCUCCAACCAUGGACGGUGGCUGAUGAAGCUGAUGAAGCUCCUGCAGCGGCUGCCGGCCGCCGUGGUGCGCCGGCUGCACCGGGAGCGCUACCGGAAGCCCACCUGGUUCACGCCGGUCCCGGAGAGCCACAAGCUGACGGAGCAGGACAUCACGGACUUCGUGGAGGGCAUUAAGCAGCCGGUGCUCCUGGCCAUGUUCAGCAAGACGGGCAGCCUGGACGCGGCGCAGGCCCUGCAGAACCUGGCCCUGAUGCGGCCCGAGCUGGUCAUCCCCCCGGUGCUGGAGAAGACGUACCCCGCCAUGGAGACCCUGACGGAGCCGCACCAGCUGACGGCCACGCUCAGCUGCAUGAUCGGCGUGGCGCGCAGCCUGGUCACCGGGGGGCGCCGCCUCCCCGAGGGCCCCACGCACAUGCUGCCCCUCCUCAUGAGGGCGCUGCCGGGCGUCGACCCCAACGACUUCAGCAAGUGCAUGAUCACAUUCCAGUUCAUCGCUACAUUUUCUACUCUGGUGCCUUUGGUCGACUGUUCGUCCGCCGUUCACGAAAGAGACGACCUGACGGAAGUGGAGCGGGAACUGUGUUCUGCCUCUGCUGAGUUUGAAGAUUUUGUUCUGCAGUUCAUGGACAGGUGCUUUGCGCUCAUUGACAGCAGCACGCUGGAGCAGACCCGUGAGGAGAUGGAGACUGAGAAGAUGACUCACCUGGAGAGCCUUGUGGAGCUGGGGCUGUCCUCCACCUUCAGCACCAUCCUCACGCAGUGCUCCAUGGAUAUCUUCAAGGUGGCUCUGGAGAAGGUCUUCAACUUCGCCACCACCAACAUUUUUGAGACUCGUGUGGCUGGCAGGAUGGUGGCGGACAUGUGCCGGGCCGCUGCCAAGUGUCACCCAGCAGAAUCUCUGAAGCUCUUUGUGCCGCACUGCUGCAAUGCCAUAACCCAGAUCGCAGUCCAUGAGGAGGUAUUGAAUGAAGAGGAGUUAGACAAGGAGCUGCUGUGGAACCUUCAGCUGCUGUCCGAGGUGACCCGUGUGGACGGGGACAAGCUCCUGCCGUACCGCUCGCAGCUGGUGCACAUCCUGCAGCUCACCCUGCACCUGAAGUGCAAGCAGGGCUACAGCCUGGCGUGCAACCUCCUGCAUCACAUCCUGCGCUCCACCGCCCUCCUCUACCCCACCGAGUACUGCAGCGUCCCGGGAGGCUUCCAGCACCCCCUGCAGGACUACCUGCCCAUUAAGGACUGGGGUCGUCCUGGAGACCUGUGGAACCUUGAGAUCCAGUGGCACGUGCCCAGUGCGGAUGAGUCGGCCUUUGUGUUCUACGUGCUGGACCUGCUGCUUCAGCCCGAGCUCCUGCGUCUGCAGAGAUAUGCUCAGGGAGAGCAGGGCAUGAGCAGGGAUGAUGUCCUGCAGAGUCUGGCCAUUGUGCAGCACUGCCUUCUGGGAGCUGGGAGCAUGUUCCCACCCCUGCAAGGAGAGACUGUUCCAGACCUGGUGAGCAGCAUGGUGAACCUGAGCGAGACCACGCUGUACACUGGAGUGGAUUACGACUACUCCAGGGAGAACUACAGGGAGGCCAUCUGCAGAGUGAUGAGACAGCUACUGCACUAUAUUCUGGAACAUUCUGAAGAUGACACAAAGUCCCUCUUCUCUAUCAUCAAGAUCAUCAGUGACUUGCUGCAGUUUAAGGGCUCUCACAAAUAUGAGUUUGACUCCCGCUGGAAGAGCUUCAACUUGGUGAAGAAGUCCAUGGAGAACAGGCUCCAUGGGAAGAAACAGCACAUCAGAGCCCUGCUGAUCGACAGAGUCAUGCUGCAGCACGAGCUGCGGAAACUCACAGUGGAGGGGUGUGAGUACAGGAAAGUUCACCAGGACCUUCUGAGUGACCUGCUGCGUCUGUCCACCAGCACCUACAGCCAGGUUCGGAGCAAAGCCCAGAGCGUGCUCUUCACUGCCCUGGGAACCUACAACUUCUGCUGCAGAGACAUCAUCCCUCACGUGCUGGGGGUGCUGGAGCCCACCCGCACUGACAUCACACAGCAGCAGUUCAAAGGUGCCUUGUACUGUCUCCUGGGAAACCACAGCGGCGUGUGCCUGGCGAACCUGCACGACUGGGACUGCAUCGUGCAGUCGUGGCCCGCCAUCGUGCGCUCGGGCCUCAGCUCCGCCAUGUCGCUGGAGAAGCCCUCCAUCGUGCGCCUCUUCGACGACCUCGCCGACAAGGUCCACCGCCAGUACGAGACCAUCGGCCUGGACUUCACCAUCCCGGAGAGCAGUCUCGUCAUCGCAGCCCUGCUGACCAAGUCUGGAGGCCCCUCCCACAAUCUGCCUUUUCCCUCAGACAAGGAGCUGGAGGAAGGUGCCCAGAGGCUGCAGGAGAGGAACCAGGAGUCCAUACAGAAGUACGAGAAGCUGGUCACUGAACUGCUGGGUCGCCUCCACGACAGAAACUUGCCCUGGAAGUUUGAGCACAUCGCUAUCGGCUUCCUUUCCUUGCUGCUUCGAGACGACCACCCCCUGCCCUCUGCUGCAGUACACUUCUUCGUAAAGAGCCUCAACCAUGAUUCGCUCAUCGUCCGCAAAGUGGCAAUCUCUUCUGUAGCUGGCAUAUUGAAACAACUGAAGAGGCCUCACAAGAAAAUACCCAUCAGUCCCUCUGACAUAACUGGGGUGAGCGAGCCGGACGGCCUGGUGGCCGGAGACAGGCCGGAUAACCGCUGGCUGCAGUACGACAGCGGCUCCCUGCCCCACUCACAGCAGGCCUGGGAGUCCUGCCGCUUCGUGGACAAGACUCACUGGGGCUACUACAGCUGGCCACGGAAGCUGAUGCUCUACGCGCCCCCUGAGGAGCAGCCCAAGCUGGGCAUGAGCAGAGAAGAGAUGACGGAGAGAGAGCAGAUCGUCUACGACCAUUUCUCCGACCCCGUGUUCGUCAAGCAGCUCGUGGAGUUCCUGUCCCUGGAGGACCGCAAGGGCAAGGACAAGUUCAGCCCCCGCCGCUUCUGUCUCUUCAAGGGACUGUUCCGGAACUUUGACGACGCCUUCCUGCCGGUGCUGCGGCCGCACAUGGAGCGGCUGGUGGGGGACUCCCACGAGAGCACGCAGCGCUGCAUCGCCGAGAUCAUCGCUGGCCUCAUCCGCGGCUCCAAGCACUGGAGCUACGGCAAGGUGGAGAAUCUCUGGAAGCUGCUCUGUCCUCUGAUCCGCACGGCGCUGUCCAACAUCACCGUGGAAACCUACGCCGACUGGGGCACCUGCAUCGCCACGGCAUGCGAGAGCAGAGACCCUCGGAAGCUGCACUGGCUCUUUGAGAUGCUCAUGGAGUCCCCGGUCAAUGGAGAGGGCGGCUCGUUUGUGGACGCCUGUCGUCUGUACGUUCUGCAGGGAGGGCUGGCCCAGCAGGAGUGGAGGGUUCCGGAGCUCCUCCACAGGCUGCUGCAGUACCUGGAGCCCAAGCUCACGCAGGUGUACAAGAACGUGCGUGAGCGCAUCGGCAGCGUGCUGACCUACAUCUUCAUGAUCGACGUCAGCCUGCCCUACACGCGGCCAACCACGUCUCCGCGCAUCUCCGACUUCACCAAGCGGGUCGUGACCCAGCUCAAGCCCCUGACGGAGGGGGACGAGGAGAUCCAGAACCACGUGGUGGAGGACAACGGCGUGGGCGAGCAGGACGAGAGGACGCAGGCCAUCAAACUGCUCAAGACCGUGCUGAAGUGGCUGAUGGCCAGUGCGGGGCGCUCUUUCUCCACCGCAGUCCCGGAGCAGCUGCAGCUUCUGCCUCUGCUCUUCAAGAUCGCCCCGGUGGAGAACGACGACAGCUACGACGAGCUGAAGAGAGACGCUAAGACCUGCCUGUCGCUCAUGUCCCAGGGCCUGCUGUACCCUGAGCAGAUCCCUCAGGUCCUCAGCACCCUGCAGGAGAUCGCGGGCAGCAGCUCCUGGCACGCGCGCUACACGGUGCUCACCUACCUGCAGAUCAUGGUCUUCUACAACCUCUUCACCUUCCUGAGCAGCGAGCAGGCCGUCGGCCAGGUCCGAGCGCUCGUCAUCAGACUGCUGGAGGACGAGCAGCUAGAGGUGCGGGAGAUGGCCGCCACCACGCUCAGCGGCUUCCUGCAGUGUAACUUCCUGUCCAUGGACAGCCCCAUGCAGGCGCACUUUGAGACGCUGUGUAAGACGCGGCUCCCCAAGAGGAGGAAGAGAGAGCUGGGCUCUGUGGUGGACACUAUCCCGUCAGCAGACCUGGUUCGCCGUCAUGCGGGAGUUCUGGGCCUCAGCGCCUGCAUCCUCUCCAGCCCCUACGACGUGCCCACCUGGAUGCCUCAGCUGCUUAUGGACCUGAGCGCCCACCUCAACGACACCCAGCCCAUAGAGAUGACGGUGAAGAAGACCCUGUCCAACUUCCGGCGGACCCACCAUGAUAACUGGCAAGAGCACAAGCAGCAGUUCACUGACGACCAGCUGCUGGUGCUGACGGACCUGCUGGUCUCUCCCUGCUACUACGCGUAGAGCAGCUGAGGCAGGACGAUUCCUCGGCUCUCUGCCCUCCUGCACUCGGGGUCCUGUCAGAUCGAGCAAACUCAAGAUGGACGCAUGCACCUGCAUGUGCGACGUGCGUGACCCGUCCGUCCGAGACCUGCCCCCGCCGGAAGGAAAAGGACAAGGGGGGGGGAGGGAAUGGGGGGGGACAUAACUAUCUCGGAAUGAAAAGAAAAACUUGUGUAUUUAUGUAUUUAGCAUUCAUUUACAUUUUUAAUAUACUUAAUAUUUAAGGCAUAUCAAAGCAGGUGGAAGUGGCCUGCAGUCUGUAAUAUUACUGUACAGUUUUUGCUUGUGUGAGUGUGUGCUGAGUGCUUGGGGAUGAUGCCUGCGGAUUCCACCCCCCCCAACACCCACCCCCAUGAUAAUCUAUUUUAACUUUGACCCCUAGGCCCAAUACAGGAAGUGCAGCCGAUGUCACUGCUCCCUGUCACUGGGAUAAGAAGUGUUUUACGGGGUGAAACUGAUUGUAACGGGUGUUUUUUUUUGUUGUUGUAUUUUUUUUUUUUUGUUUUUUUUGUUUUUUUAAAACCUCGAGCACACACAGACUGGAACACGCAGCGCACAUGCACACGUUUUCAAGUUUAUGCGUGCAUGUACGCCAUAAACUCACACAUGUAUUUAUUUUCUUGAAGUGCUUUUAAUCCCCGAGAGGUGUCGCGGGUUCAGAUUUUGCAGGUGGUCGGGUGACGCACCCGUUAGUGACCGGAAGUUGGCGUGCGCGCUUGUGCUGGCCUGGGUGAGUGCGUGUGCUGGGGAGCGGGCGCACACUUGUGUUUUUGAUCUCGACGCAGAAGAGCAAAUGGGUCCGCAGUGUUCCCAUGGGGACCUGGAUAUGACUGAGGACCCCCAUCCCUCAUGCCCAUCGUCCCCCAUCUAAGACCCUCCCACAUUUUCAGAGUUUAACUGCGGUCUUAUUACGAUUACUCGUUAUUAUCAAUCUAUUUUUUUAUCUAGUGAGAGAGGGACUGGCAUCUCUUUUAGUGACUCCUUACGUUUUUUUUGAAGAAUUUGAAAGUGGUCUGAAUGAGAGCUGUUCAGUUUAGUACCUCACUGAGUGUAAUACUCUACAAAACCACUGUAUAGUGUAGUGCCAAAACAGCAGUGAUUUUUUAGAUGUACCGUUUGCUUAUAUUUAAAAGGCCAAUAAAUGGGUUGUUUGUAA